AUGGACCAGGAUGUAGAAGAAGUGGGUCUCGAAGAGCGCUUGAAAUCGGCACUGUGGCUCUCUAUUGGGAAGAUUGUCGAUGAGGAAACCCUCAAGCUCGGUGUCAACGCCACGCCUCAGUUCAUUGGCGCUCUCACGGAGAUGGUCUGGGCCCAGAUAGAAACCGUGAGCCAAGAUCUGGAGUCGUUCGCUAAACAUGCCGGCCGCUCCACCAUCAACGUUUCCGAUGUAAUGCUUCUUGCCCGCCGCAACGAGGGUCUGGAAUCAAUUAUGCGCGCUUUCGUUGAUCAAAUGCGCGAGGAGGAGGAAGAAGAAUCGUCCUGA